AGAUAUUUGACAAUCCUCCAUUCACACGACCACCCAAUAUCACCAGCGACGAGUGAGAAGUGAAGCCACAGCCACACACCACAGCCACACACCACAGCCACACACCACAGCCACACGCCACCAUACAACAAAGAUGAGCGAGCAAGGAAAGUCGAGGACGGUGACGCUGCCGGAGGUGGUUCGCAACUUCGGUCCUGAGGAGUACGGCACCAUUGUUCUUGGGACGGCAGGCACUGCAUUCGCCGGUCAUUACAUCAGCAACCCUUAUGUGAAGAAGCACGCAAUGUGGGCGUCUGCGUUUAUUGGCUUCACCGGUGCGGCGUGUUUGGCCAUCCUCAACAAGACACAUGACUUGCUCGGUGACUCCGAGAAGAAGAACUGAGGCGGCGACUGCGUGCAUGUGUUCAUGUGUGUGUGUGUGAAACUGUGUUAAUGACAUGUUGUGACAGAGGCGCGUGCGGUGCUGUGUUCAGUGCUGCCUGUAGUUGAUGAGAGGAAAGGAGAGAGUGCGCUCUAUGUGUGUGAGCGUGUAUGCGUGCGUGUGGCUGCGUGGGUGCGCGUGAAAUCCCUGCUGUGUGUUCUGUGUAUGUGUGUGUGUAUGUGUGUGUGCAUGAUAUGAUUGCCAUUGUUGUUGUUGUUGUUUUGAGUGCCUGUUCGAGGUUGCUCCCCUUCUUUCUCCCCUCCACCCUGAGUGUGCCUUCCACUUGUGCUGUGCCACAAGUACAGAUACAAACCCAUUUACUUGUGUA